AGAAUAUAUUGUAAAUAUUAUAUGUUUAAUAGCUUAAAUGCUAAAUUAAGAAUUUAAAAGUAUUAAAAUUGUUCACUUGAUUGCUUUUCAAAUUUGAGCUGUUCACUUGAUCGUUAAAAGUAAGUCUGUUCUCAAAAACUUCCAGUAUGCGGUUCGAUUUAGUCGGUUGUGCGCUUUUUGGCUUUUUAUUAACUGAGUUUAGUGUAAGUUAAACAAGCACUUUACAUAUAUUUGGAAGAUUGUUUCAUAUUAUAUUAAUAUUACUGUAAAUUACUUAUAUUGUUUAGAUGGCGGUUAAUUUCAAGAUGACAAAUGUCGUGUGUGAGAGUUACAAUAGGUCGUGGUUUGUGUUCCAUAAUUGCCGCUUAAAGGCCAUUAGUCGAGACAAGGUUAUAUUUAAUGCGAACGCAACAGUUCUGCAUCCAGCCAAUAGUAUCCAAAUACAUGGUAAAGUUUACAAAAGGGAAAAUGGUUUUAAGCCUUGGCUGAUUGACACUAAAAUCGACGCUUGUCGUUUUAUGAGAGGAAAAUACAAUCCUGUCGCCAAAAUAGUCUACAGCCUUUUUCAAACGUUUAGCAAUAUAAACCACACGUGUCCUUAUGUGGGACCACAGAUUGUCCAAGGAUUUUACCUAAAGCCCGAACUGUUACUUCUACCGUUUCCAACUGGCCAAUAUAUGCUGGCCUUAAGAUGGUUUUUCGACCAGAAACUACAGUUUGAUACAAACGUUAGUUUUCUGUUUGAAGAGGAUUUUUCGAAAUCCAAAUGAUAAGUUUAUAAAUCUGAUUUCAAAAGUGUUUAUGCUGAAAUAGACAAGUCAAUAAUACUGGACGAUCUUAUCAAUGAAUGCUAACAUCUCGGGAUGUAUGUAUAAUAACUUCAAAGUCAGUCACGUCCACUUUUGCUACAUUCUUACUUUGUUAUUCAAAAUUGUUUAGGAAGUAAAUAUUAAAUUAGGAUAAUACGGCCUAGCAUGACGUAUUGGCUACAGCUUUUUCUUAAUUUUUAAAUGCCAAAUUUGGGCAACAUUUCCGGCCAUUAAAUGCCCGCUCAAUGUUAGUUUAAUAUUUGGAUGUUCAAAUUGGGCUUCCUUUCAAAAGCUUCCAGUAUGCGGGUUAGCUUAGUCAUCUGGGCAGUCGUUGGAUUGGUUUUAACUGAAUUCAGUGUUGCAGUCGUUUUCAAGAUGACAAACG